AUGGGUGUCCAAGACGUUCUCAGCCGAAAGACCGGUGUCAUCGUUGGAGAUGACGUGUUAAAGCUGUUCAACUAUGCUCAGGAGCAUAACUUUGCCAUCCCCGCCAUCAAUGUCACCUCUUCAUCAACCGUCGUAGCUUCUCUGGAGGCCGCUCGCGAUGCGAAGGCGCCCAUCAUCCUCCAAAUGUCUCAAGGUGGAUCUGCGUAUUUCGCAGGAAAGGGUGUUGCCAACGGCAGCCAGGAAGCCUCUAUUGCUGGUGGUAUCGCCGCUGCCCACUACAUCCGCAGCAUUGCACCAUCCUAUGGUAUCCCGGUCGUCCUGCACACUGAUCACUGCGCCAAGAAGCUUCUGCCAUGGUUGGAUGGACUUUUGGAUGAGGACGAGAAAUACUUCAAAUUGCACGGCGAGCCUCUGUUUUCCAGCCAUAUGAUUGAUCUGAGCGAGGAGGAAGUCGACUUCAACAUCCAGACCACGGCCAAGUACCUGAAGCGUGCUGCACCAAUGAAGCAAUGGCUCGAGAUGGAGAUCGGUAUCACUGGUGGCGAGGAGGAUGGUGUCAACAACGAGGAUGUUGACAACAACUCCCUCUACACUCAACCCGAGGAUAUCCUUGCUAUCUACAAGGCUCUCUCCCCGAUCUCCCCAUACUUCUCCAUCGCUGCCGGAUUCGGUAACGUACAUGGUGUCUACAAGCCUGGUAACGUUAAGCUCCACCCCGAACUUCUGAGCAAGCACCAGAAGCAUGUCAAGGACGCCAUUGGGGCAAAGGAGGACAAGCCUGUCUUCUUGGUCUUCCACGGUGGAUCUGGAUCGUCAAAGAAGGAGUACUUGGAUGCCAUUUCAUAUGGCGUUGUCAAGAUCAACCUCGAUACCGAUUUGCAGUACGCUUACCUGACUGGUAUCCGGGAUUACAUUCUUAACAAGAAGGACUACCUUAUGACUCCGGUAGGCAACCCAGAUGGAGCGGACAAGCCAAACAAGAAGUACUUUGACCCCAGAGUUUGGGUGCGCGAGGGAGAGAAGACCAUGUCAGCCCGUGUUAAAGAAGGUCUUCAGGACUUCAACACCGCUGGCCAACUGUAA